AUGGGCAAACUAUCCUUUGCCACGCCCCUCCCACAAUCAACACGCUCAGACGUCCUUGAAUGGAAAUUCCCCAAACCACACAACCACCUCAUCCUAACAGGUCGCUCCCGCGCAGCAUGGCACACAUCCUUCGUCAUCCCCCAGCUCAACCUCCUCCUCGACGCCGGCCUCUGCGUCAACAAGCAAAGACCGAAACACAUCUUUCUCACCCACGGACACGCAGACCACACCCUCCUCUCAUUUGCGUUUGUGAAAAGAGAAGACCCACCAGAUGUAUACUGCCCCGUGGAAAUGAGGCACAUCUUCGACAGCCACAUCCUCAGCACCACCAUGAUGAACCUAGGCGGUCUCAUUGGGGUGGACGACGCAGAAACCGAGGGCUACGAAAUUGAUAAAACCACAGGGGAAAAGGACGCAGACGGAAGAACACCCCAGGAAAGAGCAUUUCUCAACACCCACAUCACCCAUGGUGUUCGGCACGGCGACACCGUCUCCCUCAGACGUCUUAAAGGCAUAACAGCAACAGUGUUCAACUGCGACCACACAGUGCCCUGUGUAGGAUACGUCUUCUCAUCCUCGACGAACCGCCUGAAACUGGAGUACAAGAGCUUAUCGGGCACGGAACUGAAAGACCUGAGACAAAGCGGCGUGGAUAUUACAGAGACGCACUCCACGCCCAUGUUCGCCUUUCUGGGUGACACUACGAUCGCGACACUGGCUUCUGAGCCGUCUUGGUUGAAGGAAGGGAUACCGGUUGUCAUUACGGAGUGUAGUUUUUUGUAUGACGAGCACGCCACGCAGGCGGAUAGGACGAAACAUACGAAAUGGAGGGAUUUGGAGCCAGUCAUACGGAAGUGGCCUGCUACGACGUUUAUUUUGAUUCAUUUCAGUAUGAGGUAUUCGGAUAGACAGGUUGGCCAGUUUUUUGAGGGGUUAGAUGAUCCGCCGGAGAAUAUGGUUAUCUGGGCGGAUCCAGAGGACUGA